UCAAUAGACAAGCUUUGGCCAUGCGGGGCCCCGACGUCAUGCAAACCUCCUGCUGUGUUUUACGCUUGAAGCGGAGAGUGUGAGUGGAGGAAGAAGGGCAGCCUGAGGGCAACUUUUCGAGUGGAACAUCACAAAAAUAGCUUUUCGUGCUGUUCGAAAAUGGCUCAAAUAACGAGUGAAGGGGCCGGACAAGAUUCUCAGCCGACGUCGGAUCAAAACGGAACCGGGGAAACAACAGAAACCGGCAAGGAGGGACAGGCCGUUCCGGACCCCAAACAGGAACCGGGCGACAACAACGAGAACAGAGCAGGAAUGGACGUGAACAGUGGUCGUGGUGCGGCGUCGGAGGACGGGGACAACCCGUCUCUUGUUCCCGACGCCGACAAAGAAACAGUGUUACCGACCGAAAAGACCGACAACGACGAAGGGGAACCCAGCAGUAAACUCUCUGAACCGGUGAAAAGUCCCGCACAGGGCAGUUUGGCGAGUGGCACUGAUUCCGCACAAGAGGGCUCCCGGGUGCUGAAACAAGAACAAAGAGAGGGGGAGAACGUGUCUUCCUCACCUCCUACCGACCGCACAAAGACCGCGGAGAAAGCCGAGCACGGCACCAAGAGACCGGCCAGCGUGGAACUGACCUCGUCGAAUGGAGAGCCGCUCAGUCGGAUGGAUUCAGAAGACAGUAUUGGCAGCACCCUGAUGGACAUGGAGAGCACGGCGUCCAGCGGUCGCUCCACCCCGGCCAUGCUCAACGGUCACAGUGCAGUGGGGGAGCGGCUCGGCACCGGCAGGGGCAAGCCUCUGAGCUACACAUGCUGCUGGGAUCACUGCCAGCUGCUGUUUCUCAGCAGCCCCGACCUGGCCGAACACAUCAGAGCCACACAUGUGGACGGACAGAGAGGGGGGGUAUUUGUGUGUCUGUGGAAGGGCUGCAAGGUGUACAACACGCCGUCAACCAGUCAGAGCUGGCUGCAGAGACACAUGCUGACCCACAGCGGAGACAAGCCCUUCAAGUGUGUGGUGGGAGGCUGCAACGCCACCUUUGCCUCUCAGGGAGGGCUGGCCCGUCACGUCCCCACUCACUUCAGCUCCCAGAGUUCAUCCAAACUGUCCAGUCAGGGCAAAGUGAAAGAGGAGUCUCCAUCCAAGGCGGGCCUCAACAAGAGGAGGAAACUCAAGAACAAACACAGACGCUCCCUCCCGCGGCCGCAUGACUUCUUUGACGCUCAGACCAUGGACGCCAUCCGCCAUCGAGCCAUCUGCCUCAACCUGGCAACACACAUCGAGAGCUUGGGCAACGGACACAGUGUGGUCUUCCACAGCACGGUAAUAGCCAGGAGGAAAGAGGACUCUGGGAAAGUAAAGGUCUUGUUGCACUGGACACCUGAAGACAUACUGCCAGAUGUGUGGGUGAAUGAGAGCGACAGGCUGCAGCAGAAGACCAAGGUGGUUCAUCUGUCAAAGCUGCCCACAGACACAGCUGUACACCUGGACCCCAACAUCUACAGAUGUUCUUCUAACCACCUCCAGGGGGGGGCAACACUGUCACUUCCUGCAUAUCUUACCUCGAGGAGGAGAUUGCCUCCUUUUCUCUUUGUCUCCUUCUCUAUAUUCCUCUUCUCCCCUCCACCCUCUCCCAGACGAUGCUGGAAGUUUAGUCACUUAUUUUCUCAUGACUGUCUGAGUGAGGCCACCAGUGUUUUCAGCAUUAGGUGCUGAGUUUACAGAGGGCAUGGGGGGGGAGAUGUUGCUUGUUUUAGGUAACACAACUAGACUGAAAACUAACUGACAGAAGUGUAACUGUAGACAGACACAUGUAGAGAGAAGCUGUCUUUGUAAAUACUUGAGAUUUGUAAUAUAUUUUUAUACUUUGAAUUUUUUUUACUGUAGAUAGAUGUUUUUUCUGCCAAACAUUUUUAAAUGGACUGAUAACUACUGGUCAUGUGCAUAUAGCUUGCAUUUCUCUGGUUUGAUGUCAUUAAACUUUUCCAACCUC